AUGAGGCGGGCAGAGCGGGACCUUGAGCAAUGCGAGGAGAAGUGGGAGGCCAAGCUGCGGUUGAGCAACUUGGAGCACGACCGCGCCAUGGCAAUGCUGCGCAACAGCUUUGACGAGAAGUACAACGGGGACAUGAGCCAGCUCGUUGCGCGGCACACCCAUGAGCUGAUCACUGCCCAGGCCCAGAGCACCCAGGCGAUUCAGCAAAAGGAAGCCGAGCUCAGGCGGUUUCAGGACGCGUCGGCGACCUGGGAGGCCCACUGCAAAAGGCUGCAGCAGAGGGUCGAGACCUUGCUGGGAGACCUGGAGGCGCUGCUGAAGUCAAAGCAGAACGAGAAGGUGGCGAUGGAAGCUAAGAUCUCCACCUUGCAGGCGGCGAUGCUCAAAAUGGAGGCUGAACUGAAAGAGAAUCAGCAGCAGGAUCCCGGGAUGAAGAAGGCUGAACAGCGAGCCGCGUCCAGCAAGUUCAAGGUGAAGGCGCAUGUGGGUGGUCGGGAUGCCCAACACCAGACGCUGGACAAGUGUCAUGGACGCUGA